AUGAAAAGCUUUGAUUCUGUUAUGCCUAUUGACUGCCUGUGCAUAACGAGUGAUGUAUUGGUUGCGGGAGGAUAUCUGUUUACUGAAGAAUGCAGGUCGGGAGGAGUGUACUUGUAUGACCUGGAGAGCAUGCAUAUCAGAAAUGUGUUUGGAACAACAGGUGUUCUUGAUUGUAAGGUGAACGGAGAGAUGGUGUUUUUUGCAGGCUGUGAAGAAUUUGGAACGGUAUGCCUAUCAAAUAGUGUUGUUGAUAGAAUAUGCACGCCAGCAAUUAAUACUUAUGUGUGUGUCGAUGCCAACAGUGUUUUCUUGUGUGAUGUUCUGGGCCAUGUAAGGCAGUUUGAAGGAUAUGGAUUAGUCAGUUCCGGGGAUUUCGCGAUAGGAGAGGAGCCUAUCUGGGUAGUUGAGGCGUAUGGAGAUGGGAUUGCAUGUGGAUCUGAAGAUGGCAUGCUGAGAUUUGUUGAUACCAGAAGUUGGACUGUGCAUCAGCAGAUGAAAAGAAAGUCCGGCGUGACAUCAAUAUAUCAUGCAGGGAAUUAUGCAUAUGUAGGAUCGUAUGAUGAGCAUAUUGAGAUUGUUGAUAGGAGGAAGUAUGAUGUAAUAAGGAGAAUUUAUGUCGGAGGAGGGGUAUGGAGGAUUUGCUAUUCCGACGGAAUGCAUUUUGUUGCAUGCAUGCAUGAAGGAUUGAAGGUUUACGGAGACGACUUUAGUCUGUUGAAGCAUUAUGCAACAGAGUCUAUCGCAUAUGGUCUAGCACUAUCUCACGAUGUGAUUGCAUUUACAUCGUUUUACGAUAAGAAGAUCCACAAAAUUGAGCUUGAAGGUAUGAGGGACUAG